AUGGAUUCUAGUAUGGAGGAAAUGAUAAAAUUGCUAGGAUUAGGGAUGGAUGAUGCUCGUGUCGUGGGGAUAUGGGGGAUUGGUGGAAUAGGUACGACAACUCUUGCAAGUGCUAUUUAUGCCCAUAUCUCCUGCCAAUUUGAAGGUUGCAACUUCAUUCAAAAUGUUAGAGAAGUUUCAGAAAAAGGUGGUCUGAAAACUCUACACGAACAACUCAUUUCCGAAAUCUUAAUGGAGAAAGAUUUGAAAGUAGGAAAUAUUGGUAGCGCCUUAAGUAUGAUAAGGAACAGGGUAUGCUGUAAGAAGGUUCAUAUUGUUCUUGAUGAUGUGGAUGAAUCAACAGAACUUGAAAAAUUGGUAGGAGAGCUUGAUUGGUCUGAAUCAAUGUUCAUCCAGGAACUUCUGGGGAUACUUUUUAGAAAGUUAAAUCAUACAUAUUCGUUUGUUUCUGAAGACCUAGUUGGAAUGGAUUCUAGUAUGGAGGAAAUGAUUAAAUUGCCAAGAUUAGGGAUGGAUGAUGCUCAUGUUGUGGGGGUAUGGGGAUGGGUGGAAUAG